UCUGCAGGAUGGAAAGAUAGGAGUACAACCAUCUCAAAGCAUUUAGUAAACGUGGGCUUACAACCUCCUCAUGAGGUUGCCAUGCUAUACCUAUUUAAGAGAUGUAGCUGCAGAUGUUCAGUUGCCAUCUCUCCCAAUUUUUCCAGGGUGGCCCAGUUUUAGCAGGGGGAUGCCAUUGGAGGUAUGCAUCACAGCAUGACAUCUUCGUGCAACACAUGAGGUCAGGGUGUAUUUGUGCCACUGCAUCGUGGCACCUUCCUGAUGCAACAUCCUCUGGCACAUUCUGGCUUGGCCUGAGGUUGGCGCAGUAGUGAUGUGUUAUGGGAAAGGCUGGAUGUGAUGCUGGAUAGUGCGCUGACAUGACAGAGCAGUGUUGUGAUAUAAUGCUUUUGUAAUUUAUUUAGCAUGUGCGCAGUCAUCUAGCCAAGCAAUGGCAUCUUCAGUGGCGUGAUGCAGUUCUUCUAGGCCACCGCGGAACCUAGUCAGCAGGCAUUCAUCGACAAUGUGCGUCAUCGUCUGCGUUGCCUCUGUGAUGUCAUGGGAAGCGUGAUGAUGCAAUGAUGUCACUGGUAAGUGCAGUCCUCCAAUGAUGUCACAGGGCAGUGCGUCUGUGACGUUGCCAUGCAAGCUGCAUGACGUCACUGGCCCGUGCGGUGAAGCAAAUGAGGUGGAAUGAACUCACAGGACAGUGCAGUGAGUUGAUGACGGGGCGGGGGGGGGGAGGCGCUGCACAGUGACACAAUGAUGUCAUCCCGCUCCCCCGAGGGGCAGUAACGGGCUGUUCCAUCUCCCCCUCUCCCCCAGCUGUAUGGGCCAGGCUGCCUGUUCACGGGCGGACCGAAGUGAGGACUUAUGGCGUGGGGCGCAGCGAGCCCUUCCUGCACUCCGGGCUGGACUCUACCAACCAGCGACAGUCUCCCAACCACUGCCACGUUUUCAUCUAUCUGUAAACAUCAUGACCGUUGGUAUCAAGGGAGGGCAACCAAAUUAAUCCCAGAUGGGGAACGAUUUCAGCCAAUAAAAUGCAGUUGACCACUGGAAGGAAGUAUGUGAAGUUUAUUUCUAAACAAGAUGCUGUCUGGAGGACCAAAUAAACGUUUGUGGACCACUGAAACCAGAAGAUUAAUUACAUGACAUUAUUUUUGUCUCUUCACCAUGUGGUUCAAUACUAAGUAAACGUUGCUUUAUGUGAAGACCAAACAGUAGCCUUCUGACAUCAACAUGUCGUCUGUAACAAACACUCAGACGCUCGUGGACCUUGAUCCUCCUGUCCUUGAGGAAAAGUCAAAGGGGAAAUCAUUAUUUCAGUUGGGCCCCCUCUUUGCUAGCAGGAGUGAGAAAUUUGUGAUUGCCAGGAGUGACAGUGUACCAGAAGAAAAUGUACUGAAAAUAACCAUCACCGAGACUACAGUCAUUGAGUCGGACUUGGGCAUCUGGAAUUCUCAUGCUCUGAUCUACCUCACAUUGUGGUUUUUCUUCAGCUUUUGUACCCUUUUUCUUAACAAAUACAUUCUUUCACUGCUGGAAGGAGAGCCCAGCAUGCUAGGUGCUGUUCAGAUGCUUUCAACCACUUUCAUUGGCUGUAUAAAAAUGUUUGUUCCAUGUUGUUUGUACCAGCACAAAACACGUAUCUCUUACCCUCCCAAUUUCAUCAUGACAAUGCUGUUUGUUGGACUGAUGAGGUUUGCAACAGUGGUUUUAGGUCUAGUAAGCUUGAAAAAUGUGGCUGUUUCAUUUGCUGAAACAGUUAAAAGCUCUGCACCUAUUUUUACUGUCAUUAUGUCCCGGAUGAUUUUAGGCGAAUACACUGGAUUGCUGGUGAAUCUGUCUCUCAUUCCUGUCAUGGGAGGAUUAGCUCUAUGUACAGCCACUGAAAUCAGUUUCAACAUUCUGGGUUUUUCGGCAGCUUUGUCUACUAACAUCAUGGACUGUUUGCAAAAUGUUUUUUCCAAAAAGUUGCUCAGUGGAGACAAAUAUAGGUUUUCUGCUCCAGAACUUCAGUUUUACACAAGUGCUGCUGCAGUUAUUAUGCUCAUUCCAGCUUGGAUAUUUUUCAUGGAUGUGCCAGUGAUUGGGAAAAGUGGAAGGCGUUUCAGUUACAACCAAGAUGUCAUUGUACUGCUCCUAAUAGAUGGAGUCUUGUUCCAUUUGCAGAGUGUUACAGCAUAUGCCUUGAUGGGAAAGAUUUCUCCUGUAACUUUCAGUGUUGCUAGUACAGUGAAGCAUGCGUUGUCAAUCUGGUUAAGUAUUAUUGUGUUUGGUAACAAAAUUACAAGCCUCUCAGCCAUUGGGACAGUUCUAGUAACAAUUGGCAUUUUGCUAUAUAACAAGGCAAAGCAACAUCAGCAAGAAACAAUACAAAGCCUGGCAGUGGCAGCCCCACAACCCUCACAGAGCACAACUGAAGAUACCAAGCCACUAAUAUCCAAGGAUUUAAAGCCAUAUGAUUGAUAUGGCUCUUAAUUGUUCCACCACAGCCUGACACAACUCAGAGGAACUUUGCCUUAAAUGGUUGCUACCCCAGCUGUUGACAAUGCUUGGUUGCUGUGAAUUCACAACAGGUGAAAGAAUGGACUUUGCUGCAGAGAGGGGAAAAAAAGGAGAAAAUCUUAUAAGCCCUGGUUUACUAGAAACUGACAUGUAGAACAGAAGACCAAGAGUAAUCCAGCAUGGUAAACAUUGGCUUCAGACUCCUUCCUUGACUCUGCAAAUAAAUAACAAGGCUAUAUUGGAGAUAAAACUUCAGUGUCAGACGGAAAAAUAACUUGUACCCCAGUCCCACCAAAGUAAUGUGAUAACAUGACCCAUCCCUGUUUUCUGCAUGCUUGCAAUAGGAUGAAACUAGUGCAUAGGAAAAAGAUGUCUAGUUGCCACUUUUCGUAAACAUCCUAGACUGUUUUUGUGUGCGUGGUGAGUAUCUGGAAGAAAGCACUUUGAAAGACAAAAUCAGUCAUUUUCGUUUACACAGCUGUUAGUGUAAACUAUGAAUAUGAGCAGCUACUCUUGAGUAUAAAGCCAGCAAAGAGAAUUUGUGCUUUCCUUUGAAAUUUUCUAACAACUGGAGCAUUGCAGUUUGCCUGGGUGCCGACCACAUUCAUGUGUCUGCAAACUGAAACACACACAUAUGCUUAUAUACUAGGAGUCAACACAAAUAAGUAUAGUUGCUAUCAGGCAAAAACCACUGGAAAUUUUCAGAAAUAAAUGAGGCAUCAGCAUUUCCAUAGUAAGUACUGUCUUAAUUUUAAAAAUAAAAAAGUUUCCUUUGCAUUGUAAUUUAUCAUAAAAUAUUUUUAAGGCAA